AUGCAGACAGGGGCAAUGGGCUCCAUGCAGCAGGACCCAGCGGCCUCGAAAGUACGUGCACGGACUUUGGACCCGACUCAGCACUCGGUGUCGGGCUCGACCACCGUCUCUUCGUACGAAGGGAGUGACGGUGACGACGUCAUGCAGCGGACGUGCAGUCGACGGCGACGGCGCGAGAGCACGGCGACGGCUGGUAGCAGCGUCAAACUUAACGACUUGAAUCGUGGUCACAGGAACUAUGACAGGUGUAGUCGUAGUAGUAGUAGUGGUACUUCUACUUCUACUACGAGAGGUGCUUCGGCGCUGUCGUUUGCGAAUGGCGUGCUGUCGUGGCUUAUGGUCCGUACUGGUGCCUCCUGCACGAGUCUGGAGCAGCAGAACGAGAAGCUGGAAGAAAGUGCUGACCUCUGCUUGGUUGAGCAGACACACGGUGCUUUCUGGGAACUCGUGCAGCGCAUUUUGGACCUGAAUGACGUCGUGCUUAUGAUUCGUGUACUGCUCGACUUUCUUCAGGAUGAUCUGGGCGCUGCAGCCGCUGCUGUCUUUCUAGUGGAUCAAAGCUCACAGAGUAUGUCCCGUAUCACCCGAGGUGCACCGACGCAGUCUGGACUGGUGCCCUCACGAGGACUUGUGGGUGAAGCACAGCAAUCGCGACAAGCAAAGUUUCUAGACGACUUUAGCUCGAUCGAAGGAUAUGAUCCCGAGGUGGACUUGGCACAUGACUUCCCGGAACAGAAGCUCCUUUGUGUCCCGUUGAUGGAGCGUGGCUCAGUGUACGCAAUCGUUGAGGCAACGACUGCUCACAGUACGCAGCGGGUAAUGGAUGACCUGUAUGUUAAAUUGUUGACGUGGUUAGGACCGCUUCUGAGCUCCUGCAUGCGCAAGUGUAUCGAGUUCCAUGAUGUGUUGCUGUCGGAGCGUACGCAGAAAGCUUUGCUUCACAUCAUUAGUUCGUCAGAUACAGAAGAUACGGUGUUGAAUCUCGUGGACGGUGUAAUUGAUGGAGCGUGCCAUAUCACUAAAGCUGAGAGCGUAUCGCUUUUCAUGAUUGACUGGGAGACCGAAGAACUUUGGUCACUUUCGUCCAGCUACUAUGACGAGACGCUUCGCGUUCCCCUUCGAGAUAGCAUGCUGGGCCUUUCCGCUACCACGCAGCAGACACUGAACGUUCAGGACCCCGAUACGGACUCUCGCUACAACUGGUCGAUAGACCAGCGUCGUGGUAUUCACACGCGCUGCGUGCUGUACGUUCCAGUGGGCAUUCAGAGAUCAUCAGAAAAUAAUGAAACGUCUGCUGCUGGAAGUAGUAGUAGUCGACCCAUUGCCGUGAUAGAGAUCAUCAACAAAGUGGAAGAAUUGCCUGGCGGACUGACUAGUGGAUGCUGUCAGGGAUUCACGUUUGACGAUGAGUGUGCUCUCGAGGCGUUUGCAUGCGAGGUUGCAGUUAUUUUACGUCGACGCAGUACCGAAAUCGAGUACAUCAAGUUGUUGGCAGAUACGCAGGCGGAGCAGGUUCUGGCAAAGCGUGCUCGCAGUCAGGUAAAUCUACUUGAAUGCUACACAAGUUAUGCCUCCGCAGCCCAUGCACACCCGGAAGCUUGUUUGCGUAACUCUUGUAUUCCAAGUGACCGGCACGUAGCAGACUGUUCGGGGUGUGCGACGACCGCUAAGCUGAAGGAUCAAGUUGACUUGUCUGCUUUGGCCACUGCUGUUUUUGCCAAAAACGGAGUGAGCGACCACGUCAAGCAGCGGUUUGGAAAGGUGAUUGGCCAUAAGAAGCAGAACUCGGGUCGACUGGGCUAUGAGUUUGCUGGUAGUAGCCAUCACAUCCCGUCUCAGUUAUUAUUCAGUGCACCGCAAGGCUCUCGAUUUCCGUCGUGGGAUUUUAAUGUGUUUACCACGGACCCAGCGGUUCUCCCGAAGCUCCUCGAAGAGAUGUACUUGGAUUUCAAGGUGGAUGAAGUGCUGCACACGACGAAGCACCGCUUGCAAAACUUUAUCGUGGCCAUGAAGGACCACUACCAUCCGAAUCCAUUUCACAACUUCCUGCACGCGUUUUCUGUCGUACACGCCUCCUAUCUUCUGUUGAGCACGACAGAUGCUGGUCAAAUGCUUCAGCCGUUGGAUAUCGCAGCUUGUCUCGUUGCGUCACUUGGUCAUGACGUAGACCACCCGGGGCACACAAACGAUUUUGAAGUGAAGUCCGGAUCGCAAUUGGCGAUGUUGUAUUGUGACGAGUCCGUUCUCGAGCACCACCACGCCUACACGACUUUCCGCUUGAUUUUCAAGGAGAAGAAUGCGAACAUAUUGCAGAAUCUGAAUUCUACGGAUUACUGCCAUUUUCGUAAAAUGGUGAUCAAUGCGAUUCUGGGCACGGAUAUGGCAAAUCAUUUCAAGUUCUUGGAGGCGAUUGAGAAGGUUCUACGACCUACCAGCCAUCACGUUGACACGACUGCAAUCUCAUCAGCCAAGCGUGACAACUCAAGUGUUACUGCCAUCAUUGCAAUGAGUAGUGGAGCAAAGCCGAGGCUGAAUAUAACGACAACCCAAGAUCAAGGAAAAAAAGGCUCUGGGAUCUUAAAUGUGUUGCGUGACGCUGUAAUGCAGUCUGAAGGAAAUGCGGUCGUGACUUCUCUUGGAAGCACUACUGAUUUGUCAUCGAAAAGUUUUCACCUGGCCAAUGGAGCAAAACGCGCUCCUAGUCGCUCAUCAAGUGGGCAACUGACUAAGGGCGGCUGGACGUACAAUGGCACCGUAGAAGACCGUCUAUUCCUUGUAAAAACGCUUGUACAUGCGAGUGACCUGUCAGGGCAAGUAUUUCCGAAACCUAUUGCUUUGAAGUGGAGCAAUAUGAUCUCGAAAGAGUUUGCGCAUCAAGCACUAAUGGAGCAGGCUGAAAAUAUCCCGAUCUCGUAUCGAAAUAUCGAUGACCCAUUGAAAAUGGUGGAAGGUCAGCUCUUUUUUGCACAGAAGAUCGUGUCGCCGCUUUGGGACCUCAUGUACAUUAUUUUCCCGAACAUUGACGAGUGCAUGCUAAAUCUACGGUCGAAUGUCGCGCAUUACGAGCAAGAACUGCAGCGCCUUAAGGAAGCACACUCUGAUGCGGGCCUUGAUGCUGAUCCAGCACGAGAGCAGAGUGAUGAACAGGAGCGACGACACAAAGAACACGAGGCCCGUGACAAGAUGGCACGUCGUCACUCCAUGUGCGGCUGCGAAUACGAGGGUGUAGCAGUACCGGGACUUGCGAGACAUAAUCCAGCAAAAUUCAGCUCGUUUCGCACAAUACCGGAGGACGAUAGCAAUAACGAGGAUGUCGAGGCAAGUUUGGGUAGUGAGCGGAGUAUUCAAGCAAGCGUUCUUGCGGCGGCGGAAAAGUCUCGGAAGGCAACGCGUUCAAGGUUGAGCAGUAUUAGUAGUAUUAGUAGCAGUGAUUUGGAGGUCGACGAGCAAUCGCUCUUUGUGUACGAAUAG